UUGUAGUUUAUUAAGUUUCAAAAUGUGUUAAUCAUAGGAAUUUCCUUCAUAAUUUUGGGCUAGGUUUUGUAAAAAUUUCUUAAGCAUUUGUUUUAAUAAUAGACUAUUGUUGCAUUUCUUUUUUUUUUACUUUAACGAAACAAUUGAAUUUUUCUUAUUUCCUAACCUUAUUUUAAGAGUAAGGUUCAAGGAAACUCCUUACUUUCUAAAUGUCUGUAAGUAGUAUUUCUUCUCGAUUAGCUAGGCCGAAAAAAUCAUCCGAAAUGUCACGUCCAUUGAGGCCUGCAUCUUUCAUAGCUUCGAAAUUACGCAGUGAAGGAAAGCUAAACACUGUUGAAGGAAUUAUGAUGUUAACUGAACGAAUUUCUGCCCUUCUUAAUGGAGAUGUUUUCGAUCCAUCUUUACAAGCGAACAUAACAAGUUUAUGUCAACAUUUAAAAUUGUAUGGAUGUCAUUUAGAGGCUUUAUACAAAGAGCCAUUAGAUCGAGCUUUCGUGACAUUCCGCAAUGCUUGUCAAGACGAAAGGCUUGAUUAUGUGUCACGAGUUCAUCUUUUGCAAUUAAUCGAAUUGCGCGCCAACCAAUGGCUGGGUACAGAUCAUAUGAGUCAAUAUUAUGCUUCACAUGUUGCUGAUGGUCCUCUUAAUGUGGGCACGGAUAACGUAAGUGCAUCUUCUCCAACACUUUUAGCACCUGGCGAGUUAUUAAGACCGUCGGGUAAAUUUCCAAAGCCUACAAGGAUUCCUGGCAAAAAUUACUGUAAAGACGAAGUUGUUAUACGAAAUGCGGACUCAGGGAAAGUAAUGGGUAUAAAAGGUCGUCGUGUCCAUAUGAUCGAAGAAUUGAGUGAAACUAUUAUUUCAUUUCAACGUGUAGCACCUGGUGCUAAAGAACGACUUGUUCAAAUAACAGGUUCAAAUGAAGAAAGUAUAAAUCAUGCUAAACAACUUAUGGAAGACACAAUUCGCCGAAAUGCUUCUCCAGUACGAAUGACACCACAUGGUGGAGCAUCUACCUCCAGUUUAAGUUCUUCUGGUGAUGAAGAAAGUGAAUUGACAAUUCCAUUAUCCAGAAGUAUAUCGACCCCCGCAGCUGCUAUGCCUGAUAAUUCAUUACCUGAAUUUAAGUAUACUGUUUCGGUUGGAGGAAGAACUCUACGAGUAACAGGGUUUGAUUUAGAAUUAGUUCGAACAGCAAAGUUAGUUCUUGAUGAAUAUUUUGGGGGUAUCCUUGGAGACGGUGAACGAUUUGUUAGUGCAAAUGAACUAUGGACAAGUCCUUGGGAUGAAGGAGGAAGUAGUGUGACUGAAAAUCGCUUAUCAUACGAUGCAAAAACAUUGGUUCAAAUAUCAUUAACCACAUUAAGUCGAAGUCCUCCAGAAACUUGGCAACGUAUAUGCCAAGAUUUCCCAGCAAUUGCACGCAAGGUAAUUGAAAUAUUUGAUGUGGAGGAAUACUUAAAACGAGCUGAAGAACCUGCGAAUAAUACAGUAGUUAGUGCUACUGAAAUGAUUUCAAGUAGUCCCGAACUCGAAUAAAUUUAAUAUUUAUUAUUUACAUUUGCUUUGUUUAUAUUUCUUGUAACUUUGCACUUAUUAAACAAAUUAUAAUAAUUAA